AUGAAUUCCAUGUCCAGAGCGGGAUUCAAACCCACAACUAUCAGCUUUGCAUUAGAGUGUUGCGUAUAUUCUGUAUACAUCAGCGACUGGAUUCAAGUUGAAUCACAAAAAUCUGACCCAUUUCUCAUUGAACAUCCCCUAGGACAGAUGCCUGCAAAAGUUGAGGUGCAGGUAAAAAUUCAAGAAAACGGAUAUGACGUCACUUUCCCUGCAUUUGGAUCAGCACAAAGAGACGAUGACGUUGACAAUAUCUACGGUGGUGUUGUUUAUAUUUACAAUGAGAAUCAUGUAAAAAUAUUUGUCCCUGUAAGAAAUAACCAUUCGAACAAGGGAGUACUUAUAUUCACAGGUGGAUCUGCAUUCUCUGGACCAUUUGAAGGAAAUUAUUCAGUAGGUUUUAUUAGGAUUAAGGUAUGGGGAUUGUGUGAUCUACCACCCGCGAAAUUCACAAGUAAUGAUAGUGAAAGUAUUUCAAAAGGAGAGAGUUAUAAGACUAUUACACACGGUCUUGGUAAAAACCCAGAUUUUGUUGUUGUACAGUUAAAGAUGACCAAUGGCUAUGUUUCCGAGGCAGCAGGUGUGACAUUUAAUUCACAAGUAUUUAAAACUCGUGAAACUAUCUGUGGGACAGUUUUUGCAUUUAACGACCACGAAAUCCGUCUGUGGUCUAUGUCUGGAAAUCCCGUGGCUUGUGCACACGAUGGAUGGGGAGAUCGAGCAGAGAGCUUUAGAGGUGACACUGCUAGCCUGUAUAUCAAGGCCUGGAUACUGGAUUCCUGUAAUAAACAUUUCUCUACACAAUUCACACUAGAUAAGAGCGACACAAACACUGUCGAGCGAGUGAGCCUGGAUUCAGUGUAUAAUCUAGAUUCAACAUUAGUUUCGGUUUUGAUGAAGGUAUUAUCUCAAAACAAUGAGGAAUUCAUGUUUCAUGCUGGCGGUAGCGCUAUGAUUGAUGCCUCUAAUGACCCAUAUGGAGCUAUAAUAUACGGAUACAAUGAGACAGAAGUUAUGCUCUGGAGACCAUCCCAGACAAAUACAAAUGGACAUUUGGUUUACCUGGGUGGAAAGUGGGGUAACGGGCAAAGUAAUCAAGAAAGUGACGUUGUUGACGUCAUUGUUAAAAUUAUUGACAUUACAGAAUGUCCAAUCCCUCCUGACAUUGCCAAUGCACAUAAACUAUAUAAUGGGGUAACUAAUGGUAGUAAGGCAUUGUACGCUUGUAAGGCUGGGUUCACUGAAAGUUCUGAUGACGUAAUAACUUACUGUGUAGAUGGCUCAUGGUCUAUGACGUCAAUGUUCUGCAAAGAAUCUUGUCCUGAUCCACCAACCAUUGCUAACGCUGACGUCAUGGUCUCUAAGAAUGUUGCUCUAUACUCCUGCCGCGAGGGAUUUCUUCAAAAAUCUGGAAACAACUCAAUAAACUGCUUACUAUCUGAGUGGCAGAAAACAAACUUCACCUGCUAUGCGUCGUCAUGCGGUCCAGUUCCUAAUAUAACAAAUGCUGAUUAUCUUGUUGAAAAUGACGUAGCCAUGUAUGCAUGUAGCUAUGGAUACAGACCAACAAAUGCUGACAAUAAAAUAGCAUGUAUGUUUGGAAAGUGGACUAAUACCAGUUUGCAGUGUCAAGAUACAACAAAGAGACUCAGAAGCUACAUAACCAAUGAGACCCUUGCAGAAUGGAUAAAAAAUAUGAAGAAGAAUCUCUCCGUAGAUAAAUCAAACACCAGUGCCUAUAACAGAAGUUUGAUCAGUGUAUACGAAUCUCGUCCAAGCGCCGUACAGAUAGGAAGUGUUGGCGUCUUUCUGAUAAGUUUUACGAUAACAGCCUUAAUAUUACCGGAU